AUUCCUCACUGGUUUACCACACUCUUACCACGUGCUGUUUCAUGAGAAGAAUUAUGAAAACAAUGAAGACUCUUUCAGCACCAGAGCUAGCCUUCAUCAGGGGGAGAGCGAGAGGGGGGAAGUUUAGUUUAUGGCAAUGUUUAUGAGCAGAACACAGUGUUUAAUGGAAGGAAGGUCCAUCUCGUUAAUGUCUGUGAUAAGGGGGUCCAGAAGAUACUCUCUCUAUAUUUCUUUAUCUUUCUUUCUCUCUAUCUAUCUUGACCUCUACAUGUGACGGCUGUCUUUGACAAAGAGUGAAACCAAAACUAUUUGAAAAAAUAAGUAUUUAAUCGUCGUAGACGAGAGAAAGAAGCAGAAACACCCAAGACGUCUCUACUUCUGCAGCAAGGAUCUCUCGAUAGAUGUCCAACAUGGAGUACGGAAACAUCAUGAAUGUUGAAACAUCUGGAGCGUCCAGCAAGACCGCGAUAGCAUAUGGAAACGGGCUGACAGGCGGUGGUGUACAGGCAUCGGAAAAAAUGGCUAGCGAUGAUUUGGAUCGUAUGGAGUCAUAUAAAACCAUCAUUGGGAAUGUGGCGCGCAAACAUGAUGUUGACCCAGCUCUCAUCGCUGCCGUCGCCUCCAGAGAGUCCCGGGGUGGUGCCGCCAUCUCCGGCACCAAGGGUUUGGGGGACAAUGGUAAUGGCUAUGGACUGAUGCAGGUUGAUAAGAGAUGGCACCAACCAGGAGGAGCCUGGGACAGUGAGGCUCACGUGGACCAAGCCACUAAGAUCCUGGUUGAUUUCGUUCCAGUUGUCCAGAAGAAGUUCCCCAGUUGGAGCCGUGAAAAGCAACUGAAGGGAGCGCUCGCGGCCUACAACAUGGGAGAAGGUGUCCUCGACAAUGCCGAUGUGGACCGUAUUACCACAGGCAACGACUACUCCGCUGAUGUCGUUGCCAGAGCCCAGUAUUUCAAACGAAACGGGUUUUAGCGAUGUCCCUCUUGAGCAACCUUCUGUAUCAAAUAAUAAAUUAUUACAAUCAUGUUUUGAUUAAAUAUGAUUGUUUACGUAUAAGUGUGCAUGUAGUAGUCGACAUAUAGGCCAAUGGGUUGUCAAAAAUCUGCGUUGCCUACUUUGAUUCACUCCUAAUCCUCACAAAGUGGAUCUCGUAAUUAUUUUCUUGCUCUACUCUUUACGUAUUACGUAAUCAUUUGUGGCAAGAUGGCUUUUCUAAAAUAUGAAAAGAAAGUUUAUAAAUAUGUGACCGCUUCAAAUGCCAUUUUGAAGAAAUACCAACACAAUCAUAUCAUUCGAAUCAUAUCUGUUCUAAAUAUAUCUGUUCAGCAUUCUUAAUAAAAGUGUGGAUUUCA